AUGCCACCAAAAUCUUUAACUGAUCCCAAUUGGAAGCCUAAGGAGGGAGAAUUAACAUGGACUCGAUUCGAUAAGUCUACAGCACGAGCCCUUGGGAUUAUCAUAAGACAACCUACCAAAGCAUCUUCGGACGAAAAGGCGGCUUGCCAAAGAACCGACAGCGUCUACUGUGAACUGGACUUACCUGAUCGGUACGCCAUCGCUUGCUUGGAUGGAGAAGAUUCACAUGUUUAUGUACCCCGACAUUAUAUAAAGCCGUUUGAUAAACUUGCAGCACUCCAACUGAAAUGUAUGAAAGCUAAAGCUCGGGAGGUUAAAGACUUGACGCCCUGGGACAGAGACAAGAGGAAGUCUAUCAAGGCAGCCUUGAAGUGGCUGGAUAGCAAUGAGAGUUUGGAGGCAGUGCAUGAUUUUUUGGAGUGUCCAGAGUGUUGUGAUGAGGGAAGCGAUGGAUUUUGGAAAGCGGUGAAGUUGAAGCGAGGCAAUGCUAAUAUAUCUCGUAAGGAGUCUCUGGAGAAGCGGCGGGAGUUGAUUAAGCUCGAGGUCGCAGAACGGGAUCGGUUGGUCAAAGAGAGGGAAGAGGCGAAGACUUCUAAAAAGGCGAAGAAGGAACGCUCAGUCAGCGGGGACGACGACUCUUCCUCCUCCGAUUCCGAUGAAUCCGGCGAAACGAGUACACAGUACUCCGGCUCGUCCGACGACGCAUCUGAGGACGAAACGGACGAAGUGGUUUCCAGUGCAGCCGACGAGGAUGAUGAGGACGAAGACGUGUCCGAAGAAGAUGCGUCCGACGGCCCACCCGUCCGAAGGAGGAAGAAGAACCGCAAGCGCAAGCGACCCUACUUGGCAAGCACCAGUGGCACGGAAACCGAAGAGGAAGAAGAAGAAGAGAAACCCAAAAAAAAAAGGAAACGCUAG